AUGCUUACAACCAGCGACCAUAUCUCGGGCCAAGACCUGAUCACUUCGAUGAAGACCAUCCUCUCACUGGUCUUUUCCAUCCUGGCUUCCAUCGGCGCUGCCGCUCUGCGUGCUCUCACUGAACUAUGGGAUGAAUUAUUUGGCGUUCGACCACUCUAUAGUGUGUACAUUGGCUCGACCGACGCCAUCAUACUCGGCGAGUUGAUUCAGGGCAUCAAGACCUUCAUUCUGCCACCCAAAAAACUCGAGUGGUGGGAGACCGACGAGUUCCAUGCAGCCAUGGGACUUCUGGUGCUGCUACUGGCUACGUGGAGCUUGAAGUGCUUCCUGUACAGAAGAAGAUGA